UUUGUCGGCUAAGGCGCUUUGAACAAAUACAAAAUAUUAAAGAAUAAAUUAUAUUGCUAAUGUUCAAUUAUGUCUGAAAUGGAUAUAUCCGAGAGCAAUAAUGAAUGCUCGAAUGAUUCUCUUCUCUUGGAUCGAGUGUUUCUGCGACUUGGGAAUGCUAAUACUGACGAACAGCUGGAGAGUUGCUUAAACAGAUUUCUUCCUCCUGUUAUAUUGAAACUUUCGUCUCCUCACGAGCAGAUACGUACUAAAGUGAUGGAAUUGUUGAUUCAUGUAAACAAGAGGGUUAAAUGUCGAAAUGAAGUGCAACUCCCGGUUGAGACUCUACUCCAGCUUUACAGGGACCCAACCGCCAAUAGUUUUAUUAUUAAUUUUUCUAUAAUCUACAUAACGAUGGGUUUUCCACGACUACCUAAAGAUAAACAACUGAGUUUAACACCGUCCUUACUCGAGGCAAUUGAGAACAAACCAGCGGCUCACCAAGAUAGUAUUUUAAUGUUGGUGAUGCCAUUGUUAGGAAAUAUAAAGGAAACGGAUCUUAAUUUCAAAGAGAAGUCUAAAUUGUCAAUCUUGAUCUUAAAAUUUUCAACUGAUAUUCUUUUGUUGCCUUAUAGAGCAUUGCCCAAUCCUGGUGAGAGUGACUUUCAAGUGCCACCAGGAAUGAGUCUCAAGUCAUAUAAGAGACUCGUUGAAAAGAAUCAAAUUAACCCCAAUCAACUAGAAGAGAUGAAACUGUCAAUUGUGAAUUUCAUAAGUAAAGACGUAUUCAACAUGAACGAUAUACUUGUACCGCUUAUCGUCGCUGCAGCCGAUUCUCGCUUCAGUGUCGCGAACCACGCCAAUAGUCCUCUCAUUCGUGUAAACAGUUCCGUCGACUGGUCGUUGCCUUCGGUGGUGGGACCGUUGUACUCCCUGUACUUGGGUACGUGGGGAGGAAUGAAAGUACCCCCAGAUGACCGCAAGGUUCCAGCCUGCACGAGACUGCGUCUUAAAUUGAUUCAAUAUUUGAAUAAGGCAACUGGCGCCGCUGUUAUGUUUCCUCACUGUGUGCAAGUCGUAUUCUCAUCCUUAUUUGACCCGAACACUAAUACCCGUCUUCGCAAUAUGGCGCUGAUGUUUCUGCUAAAUGUGAUCAAUAACGGUGACGAAGUUCAAAUGAAAAAAGUAUCCACGGUAUUCCUUCAAGGGUUACUGAAGUUAAUAAGAUCCGACGAACACGUGGAACACCAGCCGAAAGCGUAUAUGUGCUUAGGCAGAUUGGCGAUGAAAUGUCCAAGCAGUUUUAACAAUCAGUUCUCGUUAUUCGAGGAGCUCGUUAAGAAGAUUCCGGAUGCUGUCCCGGAAAUGAGAACCGCCCUUCGGGAUGCCUUGUUAGAGAUGGCCAUUGCGUAUAAGAUUAACACUGAGGAUAAAUCAGAACCGAUGGAUACUACGGAAAUAGCGAGUACUUCCCAACGCGACAACGUGGACGUAGAGGAGAAUUCGGAAAGCAAGAAAUCCAAGCUCAGUCCGUUAGAUGAGCCACAAGCCCUUGCUCUAUUUGCACUUCUGGACCACUACAUGCACAGCGAGGAUUCAAUGAUCCGGUACGUUGCUAUGAGAUAUUCAGCGACUGUCUUUCCUCAAGAUUAUAUUCCAUCGAGAUACCUUCUACUCCUGGCCAGCGGAGACAGUCAAGACGACGUGUCGACCGAGGCGUUGAAAUAUCUUUAUGGUACAUCACGACUGAACGAAAUAGAGGACGUCGUUAACAACGUCUCAGUGAAAGAGACGAAUGUAGCGAGUAUAGACGAGGACGUCCCUAAGAAAGACAAGGAUAGGAAAGAAGUUCAGUUCAAAGUACCGAAUUUUAAGGAUGUCGUAAAUUACAUAUGGGAUCAGAUGCAGAAAAGAAAGAAAGGUUCAAAUGCUAAACAUAGAUUCGUUAUUAGCAAUCAGGUGUUGCAAUUUCAUCCGCAAACAUACCAAGAGAUCUUAAGGUACCUGAAAAUGUGUUUAAACCGCGACGCUAACCUAAAGGAUUGCUCCAAUCAUCCCAACGCUACUUCGCCGAUUCUCGCUAAAUAUUUCCAAGAGAACUUGCUUGAAACGGAAUCACUUGACAGAUACCUGACUAUGAUCACUUCCCUCUUAAAUGCUAGUCCAGGUGUCAUGGCACUAACCUGCUUCUUGGAUAUUGUGGGAUGUGUGCCAAAGAAGAUGUCAGAGAAAUAUACGAAUAUUUUGCCCUUCCUGAAGAACCUCUUCACGACAAGCACUAAGGAGGACAUUCGAGAAAACGCAGCAGCUAUCUACGCCAUAAUCACAGUACAUACGAAUACAAAGGCAGCCAUAGAAAGCGAGAUCAAGGAGUUUGUAACGCAAAGUCAGAAAAAUAAGAAUUUGGAAUCUCAAUGUGGUUAUUUAAUCGCAUUCACGUACUUGUGUGAGAGAUGUAUAGUGUUGUCAAAGAAGGGAAAUUUCGGCGGCAAGGGAUUCAAUCCGAGUAACUGGGAACCAUAUAAGGAAGGCGCUAAAUGCUUAGUAAAUUUCCUAUCCAGUCCUCAAACACUUCUAGUAAGUACAUCGUGCACUGCGAUAUCUAUAUUGGUCCGCUGCAGUGCUUUACCUCUCCCCAACAUUUCGUCGAAGCAAGAAUCUCUCCUACAAUCGGAUAAUCCGUUUAAAAUUGACCGAAGUAAUACAACAAUGCUCGACGAUGAAGUAACAAAGUUCUCAGCGGCCGACAGACUGUUCAGGAUCGUUGAGAACGCGAAAUUACCUUCGAAAGUCAAAGAGAGAUCACUCUCUUCACUUGGAUUGAUGUGCUGCGGCGAGAGGUUACCGUUCGCAAAACAAAUUGUUCAAGGAUUUUUGCAAAUGGCCAAAGAUAGUAAGGAAUUCGAAAUACAUCUACAAAUAGGCGAAUCGUUAGUAUUAUGCGUCGAAGGCGUUAACUCAAACGAGAAUAGAGAUCUGUGGACCGAAUUGCCAAAAGAGGGUGAAGCAAAAAUUAAAGAUUUUGAUGCGUUGAAAGAGAAUGAUGAGCUUUUGAAGUGGUUGCUCCUCGAAUUGUUCACUAUUGGCAGGCAACCGCAUCCGCAUUCCAGACAGGCAACCAGCAUUUGGUUACUGGCUCUGUUGAAGAGUUGUCCCGAGCGAGAGCCCAUAAAGAAUUCUUUACAAAAAAUGCAGGAGAUUUUCAUGGAUUUCCUAUCAGAGAACAGCGAUAUAGUCCAAGAUGUUGCGAGCAAAGGUCUGAGUCUCGUCUACCAGAAUUCGGAUGAAACUCAAAAGAAAGCGCUAGUUGCAGAAAUCAUAGACCAGCUCACCAGUGGUAAAAGAGCUGUCUCGCAGGUCACAGAGGACACAAAGUUAUUUGAAGAAGGACAAUUAGGGAAAGCUCCCACUGGUGGAAAUCUGUCGACGUACAAAGAAAUCUGUUCGCUCGCUUCGGAUUUGAAUCAGCCAGAUCUUCUUUACAAAUUCAUGCAUUUGGCUCAUCACAAUUCAGUAUGGAACUCAAAAAGGGGCGCGGCGUUCGGGUUCCAGUCGAUCGCGGCGCAGGCGGGCGCGUCGCUGGGCGCGCACGCGGCGCGCAUCGUGCCGCGCCUGUACCGGUACCGCUUCGACCCCACGCCGCGCAUCCAGGCCUCCAUGGCCGCCAUCUGGCACGCGCUCGUGCCCGACACGCAGCGCACCGUACACAAGUAUCACAAGGAGAUCCUGAGCGACCUGGUGACCAACCUCACGUCGAACCAGUGGCGCGUGAGGAUGUCGUGUUGCAACGCACUCUCUGAUCUAUUGAGAGGCGCGCAGAGCCUGCAGGCGUCGCUGCCGCAGCUGGCGAGUGUGUGGACGCAGCUGUUCCGCGUGAUGGACGACGUGCACGAGGGCACGCGCCUCGCCGCCGCCGCCGCCGCCAGCGUGCUGUCCAAGUUAUGUAUUCAAGCGUCAGAUGUGAACCAGGGUAAGGACGGCAAGGAGAUAGUGUCGGUUAUAUUGCCCGUGCUACUGGACACAGGAAUCACGAACCUCGUUCAAGAGGUCAGGAGUGUUAGCUUACAAACGGUGUCGAAGCUGGUGACGGCGGCGGGCAGCAGCCUGGCGCCGUUUUUGCCGCGACUGGUACCGGCGCUGGCCGGCGCGGCGGGCGAGCUGGAGUCCGCCAAGCUGUCCUACCUCAGCACGGCGCUGGCCGACAGCGGCUCGCGCGAGAUGCUGGACGACAUGCGCGCCAACGCCGCCCGCCACCACUACACCACCGACACCAUCGUUAAGUGUAUGCCGUAUAUAAACAUAGAAAUCUUGAAGGAGAUGUUACCGAAAAUACUAGAACUAUUAAAGUCUCCUCAACUAGGCACGAGAGUGUCGUGCGCACAUUUCCUGGUGCUGGCCGCGCACUACCUGAGGACGGACCUCGAGCCCGUGGCAGGGAAAAUCAUGACCAGUCUAUUGAACGGAAUCUUCGAUAGAAACGCAACCAUUAGAAAAAAUUAUGCCGAAGCUUUGGGACAAGUAUCCGCUUAUGCGAAGCCUCAAUCCAUAGAGAAAUUAAUGAAAAAAUUGGUAAAUCUAUUCGAAACAAAGGAGGACGAAGCGUCGAGAUCCGCCAUCGCGCUCACUCUGAAGUCUGUGGCGAAAGCUAAGAUAGAACACAUAAAAGAUAACGAGGAGAUUUUGGCGCCCGUUGUCUUCUUAGCGAUGCACGCUCCCAAAGACGGUGAGUCGUCGUCGGCGGAGACGUUCGAGGAGCUGUGGUCCGACAUGAGCCCGUCGCGCGCCGCGGGCGUGCGCCGACACCUGCCCGCGCUGCGCCGCGCCCUCGAGCGCGCGCUCGCCGCGCCCGCCUGGAGCGACAAGAUACAGGCGGCUAAAGCAAUAUCUACAAUAUGCAAGGAGCUGUCCGGCGACCUAGGGGAAGAGAGGGAGCCGUUUAUUCGUUCCGUUCUCGCUGCAAUCCAAGGAAAGACGUUCGACGGCAAAUAUCACCUUUUAGAAGCGUUAGCAGACCUUUGCGCGGUGUCGGGCGGCGCGGCGCCGGCGGGCGCGCUGGGCACGGCGUGCGUGGAGGCGCUGGUGGCGGAGAGCCGCAAGCGCUCGGCCGCGCACCGCCGACACGCGCUGGCCGCGCUGGCGCGCACGCUGCCGCACGCGCCGCCGCACAGCUUCCACCAGCUCUACGACAUCGUCAAGCUCAUCCUCUCCAAGGAUGAACACUCGUUGGAUAAAGAGUCGGACGAAGAGGGUAAUGAAGGACUGAAAAAGAGACGAGAAGAACUAACGGCUUUGAAGGAAGCCGCUUAUGAUUUAUUAGGAAAGGCUUGGCCGAAAGAUCCACAAACGCAAGAAAAGUAUCAAGAUUUAUUCUUUGAGCAUUGUUCAAAAUCUUACCCAACGAGCACUCGGUCCACGCAACUAGCGAUGUUAGCGUCCAUCGCGAGCGUGGUGGAGCGACUCGCGAUAUUGAGCGCUGCGGGCGAACCGAUGGAGACGGACAACGUGUCCUUGUCCAACCGGGAUAAAGCAAUCAGCGCUGUUACCGAUCAUGUUGCUAACAUUAUAGAGUAUACACUUAAGAAUAACAAUCAAGUGCGACAUAGAAGAGAUGCACUUAAUUUAAUGGAAAUAUUAAUAAAACAAUUACAAGAACUUAAAAAGACAGACGAAUUAAAUCAGUUAAAGGCCAUUUACCAAACCUACGCUCAAGAUUUAUCAAAGGAGUCUUCACACGAACUGCGAACCAAAGUAGAUAAUAUAAAAGUUUACUUUAAAUAGAUAAAUGAUAUCAGUCACUUGUGUUCUUUAUACCAGACUGACAUGAAGUGUAAUAAUCUAUCUUAUAAUAAAUGGUU